AUGUUACAUUUACGGUGGCUUGGAAUACUAUUUAUAAUUGCUGGAACAAAUGGACUUUACGACUCAUCCUCUGAUGUUGUUCAGUUGACACCGAGUAAUUUCGAAAAAUUUGUCACAAAUUCAGAGGAAGUAUGGAUUGUUGAAUUUUUCGCUCCAUGGUGUGGACAUUGUAAAAAUCUGGUUCCUGAGUAUAAAAAAGCUGCUAGAGCUCUGAAGGGUAUAGUUAAAGUUGGAGCUGUAGAUGCCGAUCAAUAUAAGGACCUCGGUCAGAAGUAUGGAGUUACUGGAUUUCCAACUAUUAAAAUAUUCACUGGUAGCAAACACACACCUUAUCAAGGACAAAGAACUGCAGAUGCUUUUGUUGAUGCUGCUUUAAAGGCUGCUAAGGACAAAGCAUAUGAAAACUUAGGAAAGAAAGCUGGUGGAUCAAGUUCUGAUAAGUCAGAUGUUAUCACCUUGACCGACAGCAAUUUCAAAGAGAUGGUUCUGGAUAGUGAAGACAUGUGGCUUGUGGAAUUCUAUGCACCAUGGUGUGGACACUGCAAAAACCUGGAACCCCAUUGGGCCAAGGCAGCUACUGAACUUAAAGGCAAAGUGAAACUCGGAGCAUUAGAUGCAACUGUACAUCAAAUGAUGGCUUCACGCUACCAAGUACAAGGAUACCCAACUAUUAAACUCUUCCCAAGUGGCAAGAAAUCUAGCGACUCUGUGGAAGAUUAUAAUGGAGGCAGAACUUCUAGUGACAUUGUUAGCUGGUCCUUAGAAAAGCUUGCUGAAAAUGUACCACCACCGGAUGUAUUGCAGAUAGUAGAUGCAGAAGUUAUGAAGGGAUGCAGUGAAAAGCCUCUAUGUGUUGUGUCUAUUCUGCCCCACAUUCUCGACUGUAAUGCGGCUUGUCGCAACGACUACAUCUCCAUAUUAAAGAGGCUUGGUGACAAGUAUAAGAGCAAGAUGUGGGGUUGGGUGUGGUCGGAAGCUGGAGCACAAUCAUCGCUUGAGGAAUCUCUAGAGAUGGGUGGUUUUGGUUAUCCUGCGAUGGCUGUUGUCAAUGCUAAGAAGCUGAAAUUCUCAACUUUGCGAGGUUCCUUCUCAGAAACUGGAAUCAACGAAUUUUUAAGAGAUCUUUCAUUCGGGCGCGGGCAGACUGCUCCGGUUCGAGGCGCAGAAAUGCCCAGUAUCUCUAAAAUUGAUGCUUGGGAUGGAAAAGAUGGGGAACUUCCACCAGAAGAGGAUAUUGACCUUUCGGACGUCGACCUCGAUAAGGACGAGCUAUAG